UUCCCUGUUUUGAAACUACAAAGAAACAGAAUAUAAGCAGUGAUCUCAGAGCUGUUCAUCACCUUGUUCCAACCUUGGAAGGCUGAAGCUACUGACUGGUGCUGAACAGACAAGAUAUUCUACAAAAGAGAUACUAAUUAUCACCAUGAAGCUGCUGACUGUGUCUGCACUUCUUUGUGCAAUGAUCGCUCUGACCACUGCUGCGAAUGAAGUGGGUAAGGAUGGGUCUGAAUCAAAUCCCCAAGGAGAGCAUCUUGUAGAGAAGAGAUCUACAUGUUUCAGGGAUUUCUGGGGUUGGACUAAAUAUGGAAACCAAUACUUUCAGUUCUUUCCCAAUCAACUGACUUGGGCUCAGGCACAGAGACACUGUCAGGCCCUGAAUGCAAAUCUGGCAUCUGUGCGCAACCUUGGAGAGUACCAAGCGAUUCAGAGGGUCAUAUUAAAUGGUGCUCGUAAUAAUGUCCCUACAUGGAUUGGAGGUUCAGAUGCUCAAGAGGAGGGUUAUUGGUUUUGGAUUGAUGGAACCCGUUUCACAUAUGCAAACUGGUGUCAAGGAGAGCCUAACAAUGUCGGGGGCAGAGAGAACUGCCUGCAUAUGAAUUGGACAGGAAACCUCUGUAUGAAUGACAUACCCUGUAACGCCAGAUACCCAUUUGUCUGCGCCAGGAAAGUCAGACGAUCUCUGGAAUGAAGGCUUGGUUCACCGGUCCUCGGAGCAAAUAAUCUCAUAAAUCCAGCUUAAAAUGUUUCUCUUCUUACAUCUUUACUUCUUUUAGUUCACUGCAACGCUACAUAAGGAAUAAGUUGAAAAAUGAUGCAACCUGUAGUUGGAUUGUCUCUUUUAAUGAGUGUGUAAUGGCAAGAAUGCUUUAAGCUUUCACUUUACUUUCCUGAAAGAACAUCAUCUUCAUUAUUAAACCUUUAAGCAUUGAAUCAAA